CAAUAAUUUUGUGCUUUGUCGUGGAAGUAAAUAAUUUGUUUUUCGUUCCUCGUACGCGUCGUACGCAGUGUAACUAAUUUGGUUUUUUGUUGUCCGAUGUCCGGUGCUGAAGUACUAGUCACCACCUGUGAAUUUCCGGCCAAGAAGCGUAAACUGACUUCCGGUGAAUCGUCUGCAGUGGUAUCUUCUGACUCUAUGGCAGACAAACAGGUAAUAAUGUCUAAGAACGGUGUAAACGAAUUCGACGGUAGCUUCUAUUCGCGUCAGCUAUACGUUUUAGGUCACGAUGCAAUGCGUAAAAUGGCCUCAUCCGACGUGUUAAUCAGCGGGCUUGGCGGAUUGGGCGUUGAAAUUGCCAAGAAUGUCAUACUCGGUGGUGUUAAAUCCGUCACAUUGCAUGAUUCUGUUGUUUGUACUUACAGAGAUUUGUCGUCUCAGUUCUACUUGUCGGAGGAAGAUAUUGGAAAGAAUAGAGCGUUAGUCAGUUACUCAAAGUUGGCAGAACUUAAUUCCUAUGUACCAGUUAAAGCGUACAUUGGAGUUUUGUCCGAUUCUUUUAUCAAGCAGUUCAAAGUAGUCGUUUUAACAGAAGCCACAUUAGAUGAACAGUUACGCGUAUCGGAUAUUACACAUCCAAAUGGAAUUGCUCUUAUAAUUGCUGACACAAGAGGUGUAUUUUCACAAGUGUUCUGUGAUUUUGGUGAGGAUUUUGUUGUAACAGACUCUACUGGUGAAAACCCAAUUUCUGUAAUGGUGGCUGGAAUUUCAAAGAAAGAACAAGGAGUAGUUACAUGCAUGGAAGACUUUCGUCAUGGUUUCGAAGAUGGAGAUUAUGUAACCUUUAGAGAAGUUAAAGGUAUGACUGAAAUAAAUGGUUGUGAACCGAAAAAAAUUACAGUGUUGGGACCGUAUAAAUUUAGUAUUGGUGAUACUACGUCUUAUUCAGAUUAUAUUGAAGGUGGUAUUGCUACACAAGUAAAAAUGCCGAAAAAGUUAAAUUUCAAAUCACUAAAAGAUUCAUUAGACGAACCAGAAUAUCUAAUUUCAGAUUUCGGUAAAUUUGAUAGACCAACUCAAUUGCAUUUAGCAUUUACAGCUUUACACAAGUUUGUUUCAGCCAACGGUCGAUUACCUACUCCCUGGAGCUCAGAAGAUGCUAAUGCGUUUUUAAAAUUAACUGAGAGUGUCAAUACAACUUCUGUUGAACUUGAUGUCGAUUUAAUAAAAACUUUUUCUAACGUUUGUGCUGGUAAUAUUAAUCCUAUGACAUCUUUUAUUGGUGGUAUUGUAGCACAAGAAGUCAUGAAAUCGUGUUCUGGCAAAUUUAGCCCAAUAUUUCAAUGGUUUUAUUUUGAUGCCACUGAAACUUUGCCUGAAAAAGUCACAGAAGAAGAUGCUAAACCUGUUGGUAAUCGUUAUGACGGUCAAGUAGCUGUUUAUGGACAAAAGUUCCAAACCAUUUUAGGUAAUCUGAAGUAUUUUGUUGUUGGAGCUGGAGCUAUCGGUUGUGAAUUGUUAAAAAAUUUUGCAAUUAUGGGUGUUGGAUGUGGUAAUGGUAAAAUUAUUGUCACCGAUAUGGAUUUAGUUAAAAAGUCUAAUUUAAAUACACAGUUUUUGUUUAGCAAUGAUGAUAUUCAAACCUCAAAAUCAGAAACCGCUGCCAAAGCUAUAAAACAAAUGAAUCCUAAUGUAAACGUGGAUCCACAUACAAAUAAAGUUUGUCAUGGCAUAGAACCGACAUAUAAUGAUACUUUUUUCGAUAAUUUGGAUGGUGUGGCUCUUGCUUUGGAUAAUGUUGAUGCUCGCGUAUACAUGGAUUCGCGUUGUAUUUUCCAUAAAAAACCACUCUUAGAGUCAGGAACUUGGGGUACAAAGGGUAAUACUCAGAUUGUUUUACCAAUGUUAACUGAAUCAUAUAACUCAUCUCAAGAUACUAAAGAAAAAGAGUUCCCAAUUUGUAUUUUGCAUAAUUUCCCAUAUACUAUUGAACACACAUUACAAUGGGCAAAAGAUUCAUUUAAAGAAAUGUUUACAGAAGUUCUUGGAAGAGAUAAACAAUUUAUAGAAUAUGUAAAUCAAAACGAACGCACAAAUCAUUUUCCCAACAUACCAGCAAAAACUAUAGAUAUGGCUAGAAAGUUACUGAAAAAAGCUCCUAAAAAUUUUGACGAUUGUAUUGAAUGGGCAAGAUUGCAUUUUGAAGAUCAAUUUUCUAAUCAGAUCAAACAACUUUUGAUAAAUUUUCCACCAGAUGAAACAACAUCUAGUGGACAGCCAUUUUGGUCAGGACUCAAACGUUGUCCUAAACCAAUUAGUUUUGAUGUAAACAACAUGUUACAUUUGGACUUUAUUUUUGCAGCGUCCAAUUUAAAAGCAGAGGCAUAUAACAUUAACCAGAUUAGAGAUCGUAUCUAUAUAGCUAAGGUUGUAUCUCUGGUAAAAGUUCCUGAAUUUGUUCCAAAGUCUGGUAUAAGGAUUGCUGAAAAUAAUACGCAGGUCACUGUUGUGUCAUCAAUAGUUAAUCUAAAUGAACUAAAUAACACGCAAGAAGAUUUACCACCAGCAGCCUCUCUAAAAAAAUUUAAAAUUGUUCCUUUAGAAUUUGAAGAAGAUGAUGAUAAUAAUUUACAUAUUGAUUUUAUUUUGGCUGCAUCUAAUAUAAGAGCUGUUAAUUAUGAAAUUCAACUUGCUAGUAGAGAUCAAGCCAAACUUAUUGGUGGUAAAAUUAUUCCAGCAAUUGUUACAACAUCUUCAGUCGUUGCUGGUCUGGCUUGCCAAGAGUUUAUUAAAUUGGCUUGGGGAUUUAAGGAAUUGAAAAAGUACAAAAAUGGUUUCAUUAAUUUAGCCCUACCAUUCUUUGGUUUUUCUGAGCCAUUAACUGCACCAAAGUCUAAAUAUAAUGAUAUUGAAUGGACUUUAUGGGACCGUUUUGAAAUAGAAGGUGAACUUACACUUGGGGAAUUUAUAAACUACUUUAGAGAAAAACAUGCACUGGAAAUUACUAUGCUUAGCGAAGGAUAUUGGUUGUUAUACUCCUCUAGUAUGUCCGAUGAAAAGAUAAAAAAGCGGAUCAAUACUAAAAUAUCUGAAAUUUUAUACAACAAAUCGCAAUACAAAAUUAAACCUAAUGUCAAAUCAUUAGCUUUAGAUAUAUGCUGCACCAACUUCAAUGGCGCAAGUGUGACAGUACCAUUUAUAAAGUACAACUUGCCAUCAGAUUUCAAAUAUUAAAAUGUAAGUAUAUACACAAUGUAUAAGUUCUCUAUUUUUAUUAAUAAUGUCAAUAAAAAAAUGUUAAUUAAAAUUAAAAAAAUUUUUUUCAGGUAACUUGGCAAACCAUUCAUUUUUGAAAGGAAUAUUCACAUCGGAUUUUUCUAAUAUUUUACUAUAAAUUGGAAUUGAAUGAUAUUUUUUCUUUUUUUUAUUCUAUUAUAACAUAUUUAUAAUUUGUGUAUUCACCAAUAAUGAAGAAUUUACAAGAAAAUAAUUUAUACCUACUUUUUUUCCCAUUUGUAUUUGUAUUGACAAUAUUAGUAAAAAUGUGAAUUACCUUUUU